UGUUGGCUCUCCACAGCUCAAGCAGGGAGCAGCUAUCGGCAGGACCUGGGUAUAGCAUUGUCUCCACUGAAGAGGAUGGACACAAGGUCUCUGCGCUGGGCAGCAUGAACGGACACAGCCGGAACGGGAAGGGCCAUGCCCCCCGACGGAAGCACCGCAACCGCUUUGUGAAGAAGAACGGCCAGUGCAACGUCUAUUUUGCCAACCUGAGCAACAAGUCUCAGCGCUACAUGGCCGACAUCUUCACCACCUGUGUGGACACGCGCUGGCGGUACAUGCUUAUGAUCUUCUCCGCCGCCUUCCUUGUCUCCUGGCUCUUCUUUGGCUUUCUCUUCUGGUGCAUCGCUUUCUUCCAUGGUGACCUCAACACACCAGCAGUGGGGGGUGGCCCCUCUCUCCUCAAGCCCUGCAUCAUGCAUGUGAACAGCUUCUUAGGGGCUUUUCUUUUCUCAGUGGAAACCCAGACGACAAUUGGAUAUGGCUUCCGCUGUGUGACUGAGGAGUGCCCGCUGGCCAUCAUGGCAGUUGUGGUCCAGUCCAUCGUGGGCUGCGUUAUUGACUCCUUCAUGAUUGGCACCAUCAUGGCCAAGAUGGCAAGGCCCAAGAAACGGGCCCAGACCCUCCUUUUCAGUCACCAUGCGGUCAUUUCUGUGCGGGAUGGCAAACUGUGCCUCAUGUGGCGAGUGGGCAACCUGAGGAGGAGUCACAUUGUGGAAGCCCAUGUCCGGGCCCAGCUCAUCAAGCCCUACAUGACAGAGGAAGGGGAAUACCUCCCCCUGGACCAGCGGGACCUCAAUGUGGGCUACGAUGUGGGCCUCGACCGCAUAUUUUUGGUCUCACCCAUUAUCAUUGUUCAUGAGAUCGAUGAGGAGAGCCCGCUCUAUGGGAUUGGGAAAGAGGAGCUGGAGACAGAGAACUUUGAGAUCGUUGUUAUCCUGGAGGGGAUGGUAGAAGCCACAGCCAUGACCACACAGGCACGAAGCUCUUACCUUGCCAGUGAAAUCCUUUGGGGCCACCGUUUUGAGCCAGUUGUGUUUGAGGAGAAGAACCACUACAAGGUGGAUUACUCACGCUUUCACAAGACCUACGAGGUGGCUGGCACACCUUGCUGCUCAGCCCGGGAGCUGCAAGAAAGCAAGAUGACUAUCCUACCUUCUCCUCCACCUCCCAGUGCCUUCUGCUACGAGAACGAGUUGGCUCUUGUCAGUCAAGACGAAGACGAAGAUGAUGAUGAAGUGGGUGUGGCAUUAGGGGGCAGCACAAAGGAAGAGGGAGGUGUCAUCCAGAUGAUGGAUUUUGGAAGCCAUCUGGAUUUGGAGCGGCUCCAGGCGACUCUGCCCCUAGAUACAAUUUCAUACCGCAGGGAGUCGGCCAUCUAGCUCCUCUUGCCUCCUUGUUCCACACCCGUUGCCCACCAUCUCCUCUUCCAUUCUGCACCCUUACGUAGCUGGAUAAGUCCCCUCAAAAAAAAAAAAGCUUCCCGUGACCACCUCUCAGCCCCUGAGUACAUCGAGUCUUGGAGCUGCUCUGACGUACUCCCUUUCCCAUGAAGACGUGCUACCUGGAAGGGGAGUGAGGAUCUACUACCCUCCUUCCAGUGUGCACAGCUUGUGCUAGGACCCAUUUCCUGACCAGGGACAGAAGAGUAGCACAUCUGGUUUCCAACCUCUGGGGAGAUGACAGAGUCCAUGCCCUCCACAGACAGACUGGGAGCCACAGCAAUUACUUCUGCUGCUUAGACAAUGACAGACUUUCUGUCCCCUUUCGACAUGGGUAAGCCCCAUGGCUAUCAAGAGUCAUGACUGUCACUAGGAGAGGAGUGAUACCUAAGCAGUGACCAGAUGAGGAUGGAUAGGAGAGUUGAGGGAUCCUGGUGGACAGGAGAGUUUAGGGAUCCUGGAGGGAGUGGGGAAGGAUCUUGCGGGAGGGGUUUACUUGCAUGUUUAUUGCUUGUUGCACAUGACUCUUUUUGUGUAUAAAACAGAUCAAGAACUGAAAUCCAUAUUCUUCCACUGUAAAUGCCAAGCUAGGAGACAAGGACACUGUACAUAGCCUACACUGCACUCUCCUUGGCUUUCGGCAUCUGUCACUUCCAGAAGCAGCUUGGCUCCCCACACUCACACCCAGUUCUCCCAGUCCUUCUGAAAAACGCUUUUUGCUUCUCUCCCAAGAUGCCUGGCAGAGGAGACGGGGCCCUGUGUUUACACACUCAAACUGUUCACUGGCACAGCACCGCCGGGACGACAGACAACCGACCUGACUGGACAGCAGACACUCUACUUGCUCCUUUCACCUCCUCUGUUCUUCUCCCUGCUGCCAUCAGCUGUAAAACUGAAUUUGUAACUAUUUAUUUUUAAUAAAGUCUAAUAUCCCAGGGGACGGUUUGGAAGCAAAAGAGCAACCCCAAGGCUGCAGGCUGGUAUAGUGACCGAUGAGUGUUAUCAGUGCUAGCGUCUGCUGUUUGCUUGGCAUUAAUGCCCAGAAGCUCCAGUAUGAGGGCUCCCUUGUUCUGGACCUUUUUGUUAAAGAUCUACACAAAGAGGCUCAAAGAAUUUGCCCUGGGAGAAGACAUGUUGGAUACAAAACGUAUGGAGGGAGGGAAGCAUUUGUGUUAACAUUAUCAAUAGUGAUAGGUCAAACAUUUCCAUUCUGCUCACUUUGGAAACAACAGGAGUUUUGCCUGAGGAAGCACCAGCUGGGUUAUAGAUAUGCUUGAUGAAGACGCAGAGACAUACAAGACACUGCUUUAGAUGUAGGGUUCAAAAACAAAACAAAACAAAACAAAACCCCAAACUUCUGCCAGAAGCCAUAUAAGAACUGGGGGAAAGGGAGGGAGGGCAUCAGCUAGAGCUAGAAAUGUAGCGUUGCUUUGCUGUCAUUUCACAGAAGACAUGAAAACCUGGUGAUUCUUUUCCUUUGAGAGCAGCAUAAACACUCCUUCAAAACUGCAGAGGACAUGAGGACAGAAAGAUAAACAGGUAGCUAAAGAGCUGCUCUGAGCAACCAACAGUUGUGCUAUAGGGGAACUGGCUGAAGGAAUGACCUCCCACUUUAAUCCCUGAUCUACAAAGCAUGAAAUCAACAUCUUGGUAUCAUUUUGGAAUUAGUAGAAGAAGCAAAAGAAGGGGGAAGGAAGCAGAAAAGAGAGGAAGGAAAUAGAAGGAAUGAGAGGGAGUAGCAGACAUAGCAGGCAGGAAAGGGAGGAGGAAGGAAAAAAGAAGAGAAAAUGAGGAAAUAGAGGAAAGUGUUAGAGAAUGGGGAUAGACUAACAGGAUGGGUCGGGGCCCAGACUUGGCCAUUUCUUUCCUGGUAUGUAGGUUCUGCUCUGGAAAGCUGCCCUGCAUGCAGACAGUGAUUCUGAAUGCACUGGUUUGAUUUGCAUCCUAAACAGUGAUCUGAAACCCCGGCAGGCUUGCCAAAUCGAGGCCUUUGGCAAGCCUCUCAAGGAGAAAGAAAGACGAACAAGCAGUAGGAUGAAAGAAGAGCAGACAGGUGACAGCUGAAGAGAAGAGCAUCAGGAGAGGGGGAGAGAAUGGAAAGGAAACGGUUUCUGAUGCCUCCCUGAGUGUGACAGCAAUGAUUCAUUCAUCCUUCUCCUCCUGUUCUGCAGAGAGCGGGGACAGGAGCUCAUGGAUCCUGGCUUUUCCAAUGUAUGACUUGAUAUACAGCCUCAUUUUCUACUUAUUUUCCCAUGUGUAUCCCUGUCUCACCUCUCCUCCCCAUUGCUAAUUAAUGAAGUCCCUCCUUCUGUCUUUUUAUUAUUCAUUUAUUUUCCCUGGAGGGAGUAAACAGGGGCUGGUAUUGACCUGCCUUUUAAUAUAGCUUUUAGACUCUGUAGCCUGUCACUGGACAUGGCAGUGGAAACAAACUAAUGGACCGAGAAAGAAGGACUCCGUGUGCCAGGACAUGGGAAUCCAGGACACAGCCUGGGGUGGUGGCCCCAAGAAGAAGGGGAGGCCACGCAGCUGGGCACCCACCCACCGAGCAACAGCAUCCUGCAGAGGUCAGCAGCCCUGGAGAUGCUGAACGAGCCUGGUGGGCAUCAGGCUCAGGGAGUCUGAAGACCGUGCACACUUCCUGCCAUUG